GCUCGGCGGCCACUAUCGACGACGUUUGUCACAUACGGGUCUGUCAUCAACGCUCUGCUGGUCUUUAAAAUCUACUUCGUGCAUGUGCCAGCAGGACUGGGUCUGAUUGCUGCUUGACUGCAUACCUCAAGGCGGCGUCGACAGCAAAUUAUUCACGGGUUGCUCGCUUGCGUGGACCAAGCAUUCACCGUGAUGCUCGCCCAGGUCGUGCGGUGCAAGCCGUUACGCACCGUUCGCGCCCCUCUGCCGCGCGUCCUAUCUACUUUUGCCAUCCUACGACAAGCCCACGUCCUCCAACUACACCACCGACAUCUGAGCACAACCCUAACUCUCUUCUUGCCACGCGACCGGCACCCCACACACCUACACAACCUCCUUACAAACAAGUACGGUUUUUGUCCAUCCUGCGAGGCACCUUACCUCCUCGCACUCCCAAUAUGUGCCGAAUGUGGAAACAUCGGCGUCCUACCCCCCCGUGUGAACUACUUUGACCUGUUCGAGCUGGAGAAAGAUCCAAGGCGAGGGGCGUUCGACUUGGAUGAGAAGAUCCUCAAGCAGAUGUAUCUCGGGAUGCAAAAGAUAUGUCAUCCGGAUGCGUGGAGUACGAAGAGCGAGGAGGAAAGAAAGCGCGCGGAGGACAUAUCAUCUAUCCUGAAUACGGCAUACAGUACCCUCCUGACGCCAUUAUCCCGAGCGCAAUACAUACUUUCACAAAAAGGGAUAGACCUCAUGGAGACCGAUUCCCUCGGUCAGGAUCACUCCGAGUUUCUAGCCCAAGUGCUCGAGACCCGUGAGCUGCUGGAAGGGCCUCUGAACUUCCAGGAGCUGGAAGCGAUCCGGACGCGGAACGACGAUCGGGCGACGUAUACUGUUGAACGGCUCAGUCAGCUAUUUAGAGAGGGCAACUGGGAACAGGCCAGAGAAGAUGCGAUCACGUUGCGCUACUGGCAGGGGAUUGAGGAUGCGGUCAAGGAACGGUUGAGCGAGUGA